AUGCCGCUGCCACUACCUGCGCGCGGCUGCUGCGGUUCCUGCCCGCGCUUGGCUGCCGCCUUGGCGCGGCCGCUGCCGCUGCUCGCGCUUGGCAGCGGUUGCCACCAUCUGCGGCCACCGCCCUUCCGCAAUCACCGCGUUCACAUGCGGUGCCGGAUGUCCGUGAUGCCGCCACCGUUCGCAAGCAAACCUCUGCCUGCGCACGACCGUGAUGCGCGGCUGCGGGGUGGUACAACCUUGAUGUGUGUUAGUGGUUUGCGUGCAACGGUGACGUCUUCGUCCUCCUCCUCUUCCUCCAAAUCGACAAAUCGGAUAGGAAACCAGUGCAGCAUGGAUGACAUCGUGUUGCACCAAGACGCGACGCCGCCGCUGCCCAGUGGGAUCCCAACGUACACGGUGAAUGUGCAGAAUCUUUGCCCGUUGAAAGACGGGUGUGCCAUGGGCCAAAUCCACCUAAGCUGCGGCAAGUUUAGCAGCGCUCGCCAAAUCAACCCCCGCAUCUUCCGCCGCCUCAGCAUCAACGACUGCCUCCUCAACGACGGCCGCCCCCUCCGCCCGGGCGAAACCAUCUCUUUCCAGUACGCCAACUCCUUCUCUUACCCCAUGGCUGUUUCCAGCGCCACCUGCGUCCCCUCAGCCUAA